AUGGCUAAUCUUGUGGCCGUGAACAUAAAGAGAAAGGAUGCUGAGGUGACCAGCCAUGGAUUCUCCAUGUUCCUUAAUCACAAGAGGAUCAAACUGCAGGAUGAGGUAGAGAUCCCGGAGAUGAUGGAAGAAGAGGAACCACUGGCAGAUGCAGACGCCGGUGCAGCACCAGUUGUUGUGCAGGUGCAGCCAACCAUGUUGAUGCCGCCCUCACCGUCACCACAGCAACCAACUCAGGGCCAAGAGGCUGCUGUCCUCCAUGACAGCACGUUGAGCACUGAAUCAAGGAGCAAAUCUUCAGAAUCACCAUUGGCCACAGAACAGGCGGAGCCGAUGGACAUCGAGGAGGAUAUCCGGCAGCCACAGCCGCAGCCAGGCCAGCAUCCUCACUUUUGGUUUCUUCUGAUGACUAGAACUCCUGAAGUGCCGUGCCACUGUUUCCAUUCAGCCUUUGUCACCUGCUAG